ACCUUCAAACGUUUUCCUUAUCAGUAGGAAAUCGUUCAACUUCAGACCAUUUCCGUCUCCGCGCCUGCUCACUGCAUUUACAACCCUUUGCAGCGUUAAUAUCCACGAGAAAUUCACUCAUGGCUGUGAAGUUUCAGCUGUGCUUGUUGCUGUUGAUUACUUUGAUGGACACUGCGUACGCUGGGAAGAACCCAUUUUCAAGUCUUUCAAGGUGUGACUGGCCAAAAGGAGUCUGCGUAUAUUAUAGAGAUUCUUGUCCACCAGACAUACCGCACCCAUGCCCAGGAUAUUACUGUCCUCUGUCCACAAACAAAUGCUGCUGCCGACAACCAGUACCUCCACCACCACCUCCCGACCGAUGUGACUGGCCAUAUGGUGUCUGCGCAUAUAUUGACGAUCCUUGCCCACCAGAUAUACCUUAUGACUGCCGCAAAAAGUAUUACUGCCCAAUUACGACAAACAAAUGUUGCUGCCGGAGUCCAUGAUACGAGCUGAUGAUGACUCGCCAAACACUGCUGCUUCCGAAAAAAAAAAAAAAGAAAGAAAAUCGAU